UUAUUAAUGAAAAUUGGAAUCAGUUUCAAAAGGAGUACAAAUUUUAUGACUUGCGCCCCCUGAUAAACUACCGCACCUGCAUUUUGGAAGGCAGUCCUGACUCAUUUUCAAUAAAUCAGGUCUUCUUCACCUCAGUACCUCAACAAAAAAAGUUUCUAAACUACAUAAGAAAAGGAUUAAACCGAAGUUUGUUUCAGUUGCCUAUGGACCAUGGACAGAAGAAGAGAUGUUGCGUCUCAUCAAAGGAGUGGUGUACACCUGGAACAAAGCGCCUACUCAAAACCACUCCUGUUCCAUCAGUGGCAUUAACUGGAUGAAAGUAUUCCUUUUUGUUAGAACACGCACGAACAAAGCCUGCUGCGCUGCAUAUAUCAACUUUGUGAAGCAUGCUUUGCAUUUGCAUCACUACAAGCUGAAGCAUCCAGAUGCUGAGGAUCUCCCAAAGUGGACAUCUAAUCAUGAACUUAUGCUGAUUAAAGAGAUGAUCAGAUCCCCUGCCAAUACGCUGGCGGUGAUGGACUUCAGGUCAAUGAUGGCCCUACCGGAGUUUGAAGGCUUCAGUGACAGCUACCUGCGGCGCAUGGCGCGUGAUGCUAUUGCUGCCUGGGUGCCUCUGCCGCAGCGGCGCAACCUCGACG